AUGGAAAGCAGCCUGAAGAACGUUCUGGUGCUUUCCUUUGGAUUUCUACUGCUUUUUAUUGCCUACGGAGGUCUGCAGAGUCUGCAGAGCAGCCUGUACAGCGAGGAGGGCCUGGGGGUGGCGGCGCUCAGCACACUCUAUGGCGGGAUGCUGCUGUCCUCCAUGUUCCUGCCACCCAUCCUCAUUAAGAAGCUCGGCUGCAAGUGGACCAUCGUCAUCGCCAUGUGCUGCUACGUGACCUUCACCCUGGGCAACUUCUACGCCAGCUGGUACACGCUGAUCCCCACUUCCAUCCUGCUGGGACUCGGAGCGGCCCCGCUGUGGUCCGCGCAGGGCACCUACCUCACCACCAUGGGAAGCACGCACGCAGAGAAGACAGGAAAGCUUGGCAAAGACGUGGUCAGCCAGUAUUUUGGCAUCUUCUUCCUCUUAUACCAGACAGCUGGUGUGUUUGGCAACCUGACCUCGUCUCUGGUGUUCGGCCAGACGCCCACUCAAGGGGCCAUCCCGGAGGAGCAGCUCCUGUCCUGCGGGGCCAGUGACUGCCUCAUGACCACGGCGUCCACCAACAGCACCAACCGUCCCUCCCAGGAGCUGAUCUACACCCUGCUGGGCAUCUACACAGGGAGCGGCUUCCUGGCGGUCCUGCUCAUCGCCGUGUUUCUGGAACCCAUAAAAGACGCUCAGCAGGAAAGUGAGGGAGAGAAGCAACCGUCACCGUUCUGGUCCACUUUGCUGUCGACGGCCAAGCUGUACAGAGACAAGCGCCUCUGCCUCCUGGUCCUGCUGCCGCUGUACAGCGGGUUCCAGCAAGCCUUCCUGGCCGGCGACUACACGCGGUCCUACAUCACCUGCGCCCUGGGGAUCCAGUUCGUGGGCUACGUGAUGAUCUGCUUCGCAGCCGUCAACGCACUGUGCUCCGUGCUGUAUGGGAAGCUGGCCCAGUACACAGGCAGGACUGCUCUCUUCGCGCUAGGUGCCGUGACCCACCUGUCUUGCAUCAUCGCCCUCCUGCUGUGGAAGCCUAACCCCCGCCAGUUGCCUUUGUUCUUCGUAUUUCCGGGCCUCUGGGGCGCGGCCGACGCCGUCUGGCAGACACAGAACAAUGCUCUUUUCGGGGUCCUGUUUGAGAAGAACAAGGAGGCCGCCUUUGCCAGUUACCGCCUGUGGGAAGCCCUGGGCUUCGUCAUCGCGUUCGGAUACAGCAUGUUCCUGUGUGUCAGCGUCAAACUCUACGUCCUCCUGGGCGUCCUGAGUCUGGCCAUGGCGGCAUAUGGAACUGUCGAGUAUCUGGGGUCCAAGAAGGUGGCCAGGCUGCACACCGAAGAGCAGACAAAACCAGCUGAGGAAGGAGAGGCCUGA